AUGAAUUGGCUCGGCCUCCUCGUCCUGCUGACCGUGGCCGGGCUGGCACAGAGCAUCCAGUACACCUGUGGAUGGACUUGUGGCCUCCGACCCAUGGUGUCUCACUCUGGGUACAAGAGUCGUGACGACGGCACAACACGUAUCGUUGGUGGUGCAGAUGCCAAGCCAGGGGCCUGGCCCUGGAUUGUCAGCAUCCAGCAUCCGAAGAUACCAGGCACAAAGCAUUUCUGUGGAGGGUCUCUCAUUAGUGCAGAGUGGGUCCUCACAGCAGCCCACUGCUUUGACCUCAUUUUUAACACCAGCAUGGUGUAUGUGUUGAUUGGGGCCACCCAGUUGACUCAGCCGGGCCCUGGGGCACAAGUCCGUCAAAUUAAGAAGUUACUGCGUCAUGAAAACUAUCAGAGACGUGACAUGAGCAAUGACAUUGCCUUGCUGGAACUGAGCAAGCCUGUCCAGUGCAGCCCUUACAUCCAGCUAGCCUGUGUGGCCGACGCUAUCUUAGGGUUUUCAGUGUCAGAGGAGCAUAACUGCUGGAUUGCUGGCUGGGGUGCCACCAAUGCAAAAGAUAAAACCCCGAGGGAUCACCUGCAGGAGGCCAUGGUACGCCCUAUCAAUAUCCAGCUGUGCAAUGGCACCUUCUGGUACUCAGGGAAAAUACACACCCACAAUGUGUGUGCUGGUUACCCACAGGGCCUGAUUGACACCUGCCAGGGUGACAGUGGUGGUCCUCUCAUGUGCCAAGACAACCAUGCUGAUUACUGGUGGGUUGUUGGAGUGACCAGCUGGGGAAAAAGCUGUGGUAGAGCAAGGCGGCCCGGAGUCUACACCUCUGUUCAGCACUUCUAUGACUGGAUUCUGGCCCACAUAAGCACAAAAAAUGUUUAAAGUGCUUUUUGACCACUAGGAUGGGCAGCCUCAAAGGCAUGCUGCAGUGCACAGCGAGUGUUUCCUGCUGGAGCAAUGCCUGCUGAUCCAAAGGCAGCCUCAGGGUCAAAACCCUGCUCUGUCCUGACCACACUCCUCUCCUCUGUGCACACAC